AUGGUUGUUGCUGCCAUCAAAACCUUGAAGGAACGCAACGGAUCGUCCCUGCAGGCCAUCAAGAAGUACAUCGCCGCCAACUACAAAUGCGAUGCCGCCAGUGAGAAGAAACCGAAGAAGGCCGGCGAGAAGAAGGCAAGAAGGCUACCGGAGAGAAGAAGAAGGCCACAAGAAACCAGCUGGGAGAAGAAGGCCAAGAAGCCAGCCGGCGAGAAGAAAGCCAAGAAGCCGGCUGCAGCCAAGAAAGCCAAAGCUGCUGGUGCCAAGGCUGCCAAAAAGGCCGGUGGUGUGAAGAAGGCUGCUGCUCCGAAGCAGAAGGCCACCAAACCUUCCAAGACCGCCGCCAAGAAGCCCAAACCCCAAACCGAAGAGGCUGCCCCAGCCAAGAAAGCUGCCGCGAAGAAGACGCUGCCAAGAAGUAAUUUGGGACAGCAACCGUACUGGUUGUAA